UAUAAUUCUUUUGCACAUAUAUAUAUAUAUAUAGCCAUGCAAGCCAGUGACCUUAAUGAUUCCCACUACUUUCUUCCUGAAAAUUCAAGACCAAAUACAACAUACUUACACAAUUCACCGAUUAUGCAAUUUAAGGUUAACGAGCCCACAAACCCGUUCUACCAUCUUCAUAUGAACCCCCAGUUUCAAGAAAUGAACCUGCAACCGACAUAUCUCCACUCGACUUCAGAUGAAGCAGAUGAGCAACAACUAAGCAUUAUCAAUGAGAGGAAGCAAAGGAGAAUGAUAUCCAAUAGAGAAUCAGCACGCAGAUCGCGUAUGCGCAAGCAAAAACACCUAGAUGAACUUUGGUCACAAGUUGUUUGGCUUCGUAACGAAAAUCAUCAACUUGUUGACAAACUUGAUAAGUUUUCUGGAACCCAUGAUCAAGCUCUUCAAGAGAAUGCUCAGCUUAAAGCGGAAGUUUCAGAACUUCGUCAAAUGGUUGCUGAUUUGCAGCUUAAUGGUACCUACCCUAUGUUAAGGGACCUUGAUGAUAUGCAGAGCAAUUCAAACCCAUCAAUCUCAAGUUCCUCAGACUUGUUCUAGCAUCUACAACGCAUGUCUUUUUUUCUUUAACGAUGGCGUUAAGUUAGCUACUAUGUUUUCUGAUAGUUCCAAGAGGA